CCAGCAUGCACCGCUGCUCCGUGACCGGCCUUACUCAACAACAGAGUGGGGCAGAUGCGUUUCGGUCCGGUUCGUGCUGCCGCUCGUGUCCGUGUUCAGCCCCGCCAGGAUGAGCGGCAUGCGCACCGUGCUAUCGUCCACGGCGCUGCUCGCCGCCAUGGGGCUCGGUUACGGGAUGUGGUCCAUUAUCGCUCCGGGGGAGGAGCGGCGUAAGGAGAUGCUGAAGAACCUUCCCGAGUCCAACCCUCAGAGGAUGGAGGAGACGAGGCUGCGGAACGCCAUGGUGAUGCAGGUUCUGAAGGAGGCGGCUGAGACCGACCAGAAUCUCGCCCGAGGAGGCCCACCCGGGACGUAGACGGAGCUGCAGGAUUGUGAACUGGCUUGUGCGCCGCUCGCUCAUAUGAAAACGCUGCUCUGUGACGAGUCCGUGUUUUCAUACGUGACUGUCUAUGUAAAUUAAACGUGUUUCCCUUCCUACUAC